UCUUCAUGCGACGCAGCCCAUAUAUCUACCUAAAUUUAUCGGGCACUUUGUCUGCGAACGUCAGAGUUGCAUAAGACUUGGCGUUCUUUGUCGCGCGCUACUACUAACCACCCUUGGGCAAUUUACCAGUCAGACACGACCCUUUAUUACCUUCUCCUAUCAACAAUCCUCAAAGACCCGUCCUUGAGAAUCAGAACAACCGUACUUGUUGCAUUCAUUAUCUCGGGAUUCACACGUCUGCUUAACAUCAAUUAUAUUUGGGGCGCCCUCGUAAGAUUGGUACUGUCUUCCGCUAUAUCGUCUAUCGGCUCGUCUCCCUUUGGAUCUCGUCAAGGCCAGCAUAAUCGGACAAGUUCAUCUUUCAUAGAACGACAAUUUCAUUGGAGAAGUCUCGUGUCAUGGAACAGCCUUCACAAAAUACGGGGCAACCCCAAGGCAGACAGCAGCCUGUUUACGACACCAGAAAUGGUGGACACUACGGGGCCAGCGCAGCGCUAUCCGCUCAGGGAUAUGCGCCUGUUGCUGAGCUUUAUACGGGAACAUGGGCGAAUGUCAACCAGGGCUUACAAGGAGCAGCCCGGGAUAUCCUUACCACAUAUUGGCAACACAUCAUCAACCACUUAGAGUCCGACAAUCAUGACUACAAGAUCCAUCAGUUACCUCUCGCUCGCAUAAAAAAAGUGAUGAAGGCAGACCCCGAAGUAAAGAUGAUUUCAGCAGAGGCUCCAAUUUUGUUUGCUAAGGGCUGUGAUAUAUUUAUAACUGAGCUAACCAUGCGAGCAUGGAUCCAUGCGGAAGACAACAAACGGCGUACUUUGCAGAGAUCGGACAUCGCGGCAGCUUUAUCCAAAUCAGAUAUGUUUGAUUUUCUCAUUGAUAUAGUUCCCCGCGAGGAAGCUACGUCGCAUGCAAAACGGUCCAGCCAGGCGGCAGCAGCUCCAUCGGGAUCCUCUGGUCCAACAGGCCCAACAAGUCAACUCCCGCCUUCCCAGCACGGGGUGCAGCACCCCGCACACCACAUGGCACACCCCGAUUAUGGUAUGGGACAACAUGGCCUUCAAGACCAAGAAUAUCGCCAGCCAGCCAUUUACGCAGGUGCUGUGCAGUCAGAUCCAACUGCUGCGUACGGACAACCGCAGUCCCAGAUGUUCGAAGGGAUGUAUGCUGCUUAUCCGCAUUUGCCUCCACAACAGUGAGCCACCUAGGAGACAUGACUCGAGUUAAUCAGUUCGCAUUUCAGUAGUUGAAGGACAGGUUAUUGGCGCUUGAUGUGGGUUGCUCAAUUGAGUAACUAGUAGAAUAAUGAUUUGAAUAUUCUACCAAACAUUAGUGAUUUUAUUGACAUGAGUAAAAUGACUCUUCCCAAAUGUUAUUAAUCGGCCGGGUCGUGAGCGAUAUUAUGGCCAAUUUGGAUCGGAGCACCAGGCAUUACAAUCACCGACUACACUAUAUCUCAAGACCGUUUCCCAAACCUGGAAGAAAGUGUUGGAAACUUAUCAUUUUUUAUCACAUUUUCGGGAGCUCGUGUGACCCU